UUUGAAGCACCAGUUACCAUAGUUGAUCUAAAGAAGGGGAACAUUUCCUUAUCCAGGACAUGGACAUCACUAAAGAGUCGACUGGGUAUCAAACUCUUCCCACUCUUUCCAAAGGUUAAAAAGAAUAUUUGAGGUGGAGUUCUGCAUAAUACACAAUAAGCCUUUAAUUGUCUUGUACGAGUUGUUAGGCUACAUAUGGCUGACGUGGGAGUAAACUAAAGACCUUCCCGGGGUGAGGCCAAGACACUUUCUUAGUCGCAGUAAGGAAAGUUUUCCAGUAGUGUUUCCAGACUAAAAAAAUUGUGCCUUAUAUUUUAAGAAAUAUUAGCCGUGGGGAACGAGGUGAAGGGGCCACACAUCCUUUCAACUGCUCUGCAGAGAUUGCAAAAGAUUCACGCUGAGACUUGCCUUGGAUUGAGAAAGAUCAACAUCUGCUGUUCCUUCCUGGUUUUAAAAAUGCUCGCCCGAAGAGGUAAGGAUUGUCAGUUCAGCAGUACGCGAUCAAGGAAUGAUAACUGUGAACGAGGCCACCAGCUUGUCCGAAUCCCAGGCCCAUUUCAAGGCCCUAAAACCAUGGUGGGACGUUCUGAUGGAUUAUCUUCUUGUUCUUAUGCUUAUGGCGUCCUUCUUUUCUGCCACUCUCCUUAUAAUAACGGAUAAGGUUGUGUGCAUGCCAAAGACAAAAGAGCCUGACAAGUAUUUAGUAAGUGAGUUCAAUGAAGCAAGGAUUACGCCUUCAAUAUCUCCAAGACAGAUUGGCCAUUUGACCAACUUGGACUAUCAGCAGUACACGUAUGUAAGUGUUGUUUGUUACCACAAGGUGGUACCUUGGCAGUCCAAAUAUUUCCCUUAUAUGGCACUUAUCAACACUUUGGUUUUACUUGUCGGCAGUAAUUUUUGGUUUAAGUACCCAAAAACCUCUUCUAAAGUUGAGCACUUUCUUUCCAUUUUGGCCAAAUGCUUUGAAUCUCCAUGGACUACUAAAGCACUUGAGGAAACUAGCGACCAACCUCCACCAGAGAUGAACCGUAUAAAAUCCAGCAGCACACGCUCUAUGGACUAUUCGCCUAAAACACCAUUGCUCAGAGAGGUUAGAUUUCCUGCCAUUCAUGCCCCAGUCUCCACAAUAUUGGAUAAAAAAGAGGAAGAACAGGCUAAAGCUUUGUUUGAGAAGAUACGCCACUUCCGUUGCCAUGCUGAAAACUCGAAUGCCGUCUACAAAGUUUACGUAGCGCAGACUGUGUUUAAAGUGAUGGCAGUGCUAUUAGUGCUUGGGUAUGCACUUAGCUUGAUGGGAUCAUUCAGUUUCCAGCAUACCUGUAAACCUGGAAUACAGAAUCUCAUGGGAUAUUCUACGUUCACCUGCACACACAACUUGGCGUUCAUACUGGAAAAAAUUCUGUUGACUUAUGUUCUAUUUCUCUGCCUAUAUGCAUUUUUGUCUUUGUAUGCUUUAGUUUGGCUAUUCAGAAGUUCACUCAAGACGUACUCUUUUCAAAAACACAGUGAUGGGACUGGUUUCGGAGAUAUUCCUGAUGUCAAGAAUGACUUUGCCUUCAUGCUGCACAUGGUAGACCACUACGACUCAUUGUUCGCCAAAAGAUUUUCAGUAUUUCUUUCAGCUGUGAGUGAAGGACGGCUCAAAGAGCUUGCACUAAACUCCGAAUGGUCAAAGGACAAGUUGAAAGAUAAAAUAUUCAAGGAUGCCAAAGGACGGUAUGAACUGCAACUUUCAAUGUUACCUGCAAUACCAAAAUCUGUUUAUGAACUAAAUGAGGUUGAAGUUCUUAAGCUGGAACUAAUCUCUGCAAGGCUUCUAGGAGCAGUGUCCCAGCUGAAGUCUCUCUCCGAGCUUCACAUCAGCCAUUGUUCUGUCAAAAUGGACCCUGAUGCACUUAGUUUUCUUCAACAGAGUGUGAAAACCCUUAAUGUCAGAUUCACAGACUUGGAGGAGCUCCCAUCUUGGAUGUACUCUUUAAAGAACUUACAGGAACUGUACCUAUCUGGCAACCUCAACUGUUCCAGCAAUAAAACCAUUUGUCUGCAGUCCUUGCAUGGACUUCGUGGUCUUCGAUCUCUUUCUUUGACAAGCAACUUAUCCCACAUACCGUCAGCUGUAAUGGAUGUGGCUUGCCAGCUGUCUAAGCUAAUCAUACAGAACGGAGACACUGAGCUUGGCUCAUUAGGCCAACUAAGAAAGAUGAACCACUUGGUGGAACUCAAGCUCAUUCAUUGUAAGAUCUCAAAAAUCCCCAGUGCAGUUACUGGCUUAACAAGUUUGCAAUGUAUAGAUAUGACAUCCAACCUCAUCCAGAAUGUUGAUGAACUUGGUACCCUUCAACGCCUUCGAAGUCUGACCAUAUUGAGAUUGUGCCGAAAUGCCAUAUUUCGACUUCCACCAUCUAUUGAACUUUUGCGUAAUUUGGAGGAACUUUCCAUUUCGCAUAAUAAGCUUGAUAACUUGCCAAUCUCCCUCUUUAACAUGGUUAAGUUGAGAUAUUUAGAUGUUGGCUAUAACCUUAUCAGAGUUAUCCCUCCAGAAGUUGUUCACCUCACACGUCUAGAGACGCUGGUAGUUACAGCUAAUCAAAUCUCUUACCUGCCACACGAGUUGUUCCGCUGCUCUAGGCUCAGGUCUCUCUACGCAGGUUCUAAUAAACUGUCCAGUAUACCCUCUGAGAUUGGACAGCUGCCUUUGCUGUCUAGCUUGGAUAUUACAGGUAACAAUCUAACAACCUUACCAAAGGAGAUCUGCAACUGCUUACAAAUGAAGAAGGGGGGGCUGGAUGUGGAGGAGCGUGUGCUGGCAAGCUUUCCUGAGGAACUGAGAGUCAAGUAUAUGUGAAUGGUUAUCCUAACUGGACCAUUUUGAAAGUGUAAUGUCGCGUACACACGACCAUUUUUAAUGGUCUAGAAAAAAACAAAGUUUUUUUC